UAACGCACGUGUAUGUUUUAAAGUAUUUGUUUAUUAAAAUGUAUUUAAUCAUAUUACAUUCAGACGUCUGUGUAUUGUGGUAAAUGUAUAUUUCUAAAUAAGUAUCAACUAGUGGUGUUGAGCAAUCUGAAAUUAUCAGAGGUUAUAGUAAACAAAUCGAGAAGUCGUUCAAUUUUCUAUAAUAAUAAUUAUGGAACAACCAAAGCGACAUUUACCUAAUAUCUUAUUAACAGGAACGCCUGGCGUAGGUAAGUCGACUAUAGCCAAGCAACUAGCAGAGAGGACAAAUUUUACAUGGAGAGAUGUUUCACGGUUGGCAGAGGAACACAACUGCUUGGAUGAGUACGACUCUCAAUAUGAAUGUCCAUUUUUGAAUGAAGACAAGUUACUAGAUGUAAUGGAAAGCAUGAUGAAGAAGGGUGGCAACAUUGUUGACUAUCAUGGCAGCGAGCUCUUCCCGGAGAGAUGGUUUGACGGGGUGUUUGUGAUACGAGCCAAUAACACAGUGCUAUAUGACAGACUAACAGCCAGGGGCUACACAGGUAAAAAAUUGGAAGAUAAUAUUCAAUGUGAAAUUUUUGAAACCCUACUCGAGGAAGCCCAGUCUGCUUAUAAGCCAGAAAUAAUCACAGAACUCAGGAACGAGACAGAAGAAAAUAUAAUUGAUAAUGUCAAUACGAUUGUUAACUGGAUAGAGAGGUGGAAGGAAGAAAAUUUGUAGCUAUUUACAAUAAAUUGUCUAUUUACACAACA